UUUGGUAGAUAAGCUGCAUCCAGAUUCACUACCAUGGUGUUGAAAGUCCUGUCAUGAUGUACAUCAGCUUGAUGUUUGCUGAUUCUGGUGUCAAAACCACAUCCAGUUUCAUCAUCUGCUGCAGGCCAUUGCUGGGACUAGGGAGUAAUUUCGGCUACCAUCAUGCAGGACUCGGGUUUGUAUAGGAAAAAGCUUGACAGCACUUGUGAAUUCACUACCAUUAAAGAAGAGAAUGUUAAAGAUAUUGAUGAGAAGGAUUACCAGGUAGUAAAAAAAUCUAUUAAUUAUAUAGAACAAGAUGAUACUAUCAAUAUCAAGACUGAAUAUGAAAGUUCAGUGUCUAAAGAAGUUAAAAGUUGUAUUGAGAAAUCAGUGAAAAAAUAUUCUGAAGAGGAUUUUGAUGAAGAGAAUGUGACCUCUAUAAAGACUGAAUAUAAAUGUUCAGUAUCUGAAGAUGCCAAAAGUCUUGGAAGAGUAUCAAUUAAAAAUGACCCAAAAGAAACAGUAGAGCAUGCAGAUGAAGAAAAUAUUAUCUAUAUAAAGACUGCAGGAAAGGUAGAUGUAAAACAUGAAAAUCCAUUGUAUGAGAAAUUCAAAAUUCAAGGAGAAGCAGUUGACACUGACUCUGACAUUUUGAUGUGUGAAGAUAUAGAUCCAUUGUCAUCAGCAGUGCCAUUUUUAGCAGAAACUUGUAAGAACACAUGCUCAUCAGAGGGUCAGGUAACACAAGAGAAAGGUGAUAAAGAGGAAACACACAGAAAAAUGGAUGCAAUAGGGAAAAGUUAUGUUUGUGACAUAUGUGAGAAGAGUUUCAACAAAAAAAGUAAAAUAGUAGAACAUAUGAGAGUGCAUACAAAAGAGAAACCUUUUAGAUGUGAGGUUUGCACUAGAGCAUUUGCUCAGAAAAAUAAUCUCAUUGCACACAAGAGAGUACAUACAGACGAGAAACCAUAUAUAUGUGAGAUAUGUGGUCGUGCAUUCUCUCUGAAGACCACUCUUGUUAAGCACAUGAAAGUACAUACAAAAGAGAAGCCUCACGAAUGUCAGGUUUGUUGUAAAGCAUUUGCUCACAAGUGUGAUCUAAAGCAGCAUAUGAGAGUUCAUACAAAGGAGAAGCCUUAUGUUUGUGAUAUAUGUAGCAAGGCUUUUACUGUGCAUACUAAUCUAGUUUUCCACAUGAGAAUACAUACACAGGAGAAGCCAUAUAUCUGUCCAGUUUGCAACAAAGGAUUUUCACGAAAACAAUUUCAAGUGGACCACAUGAGAGUACAUACAAAAGAGAAGCCUUUCACCUGUAAGAUAUGUAGUAAGUCCUAUACAUAUAGACAUAAUUUGGUGAAACAUACACACGUACAUACAAAAGAUUAGCCUUAUCUGUGAGGUAUGCAGUAUGUCAGCCAUUUUUAUUAUUAUUAUUAUAUUAAUAAUAAUAAUAAUAAUUAUAAUAAUAGUAAUAAUAAUUAUUAUAACCAGAGCAGCCUGUGUCCAGCUUAUCUGAAUGUGUCCUUGAUAAGGAAAAUGUGAUUUAGUCCUUUAGAUUAACAACAAAAAAACAAUGAAAUGAGAUAUACAAUUUUAUACAUGUAGAUUUUCAGGCUUUAUGUAAGUAGUUUGAAUGUGGGAAUGUAAGCCACAGGUCAGACUGUAAAGUUCAACAUGUCUUACAAAAGCUCUCCCCAAUUUUUUUUUUUAUAUAAAAAGAAUGCUAAG